GCCUUUUCAUGUACAUUGUGCAAGCGAUGGCCGCGGCGAGGGACAAUUUCGCCUGAUCGUUGCUUUCUCUUCAUAGUUUCAAUCAAUUGAUGAGAUGAGCCGCCUGCCCUGGCUCUAUUUUUUCCUACUGCCCUCAUCCCCGGCGGCGUCUGGAACCGCGUCUCCGUGUCCCCGUUGUCCGUCUAUGCCCAACGCCCAGGUCCAUGUCCAUGUCCAGUCCAGUCGGUAGGGCCCAUCAACGAUGAACGAGUCGGACAUUCAUUAGUCAGAGGGAUGCCGCCGUAAACUCGCGUGAGUUUUCUGCCGGGUCGACGAAAGCAAAAGAUGGAUUGCUAGACGGAUGAGAAGCUGAGCAUACAGCCGUUGGACAAGUUCACCUCUCACUCUCACCAAGUCAUCAGAUCAGACAACCUGGAAGACCAAGACUGCGGAUGCCGAGGACGUGGACACGCCGCACUGCCACCGUCUGCCCCUGUCCUGCUGCCGUGUGCGUCGCCUUCUCUUCCCCCUCGUCCCUUGUGUGUCUAGUUCCCUGAUCGUCGUUGUCAUUGUGGCCAUUCUUGUUCAUCUUUUUUGUGUUGUUUGUUUUUUCUUUGAUUUCCCGUUCGUCCCGCGUCCCAUCCACCCCACGCGCGCACAUUAUUGGAGUCGUACAACGAGGGAAAUCCUACCCAAGAAAACAUGAUGCACUUUCUGGGCCAUCGUCGAACAGCCUCGCAGCAGAGCAUCGACCCCGAGACACAACAGCAGCCACAGCAACAAUGGCGUCCGCACCACCAGCAUCGCCUAAGCGCGUCUUCGGCUCUUUGGCAAGCGGCCCAGGCCUUGGGGUCCAUUGGAGCCCCGGCCGCUGCCGCUGCCGCCGCCACCACUUCCCCUCCAGGUUCCGGCGGUCCUCCUUCUUCUUCUUCUACCUUUGAGUCUGGACUCUCUGGAGGAAAUGCUUCGUCAGCGUCAGCGGUAGCGGCAGCUUCAGCCUCCAAUGCGACUGCCAAUGUCAAUGUCAAUUUGAAUGACCCUCCAACUGCAGGUACAACCGCAGGUACAGGUAGUGGUAGUAGUAGCAGUGGUACCACGGCUGGCCACACCCGCCCACCGCUGCCCAACCCGGUACCUUCCUACUCGUCGUCGGUGUACUCCCAGCAAUCGCAACAAUCGCAAUAUUCGCCGUAUUCUCAGCAACAACUGCAACAGCAACAGCAACAACGACAGUCUGGCUACUUCCAGCCCAACCACCACUCACAUCCCUCAGGCGGUCCUCCUCAUGCCGGGCUCGGCAUCGGGCUCGCUUCUCCCUCCACUACUUCCUCCCUUCAGUACACUCCGGAAGCCUUGAAGUCAUCCUCAACCUCGACACCACCGGCGUCGACGUCCGCAUCCACAACAACAGCAGCCGCCGCUGGUGCGCCUGGGCCAUUAGUGCCCAAAGAUCCCACCGCCGUCCCCAACUUCCACUGGGACAGCGACUAUUACCAGAACACGCCGAACAAUAGGAACAACACCAUUAGCGACACCACCACCAACAGCGCCGCGGCCACUCGUAUGCCCACAGCAGCGACCGACUCCGCUUCCGCCCGCGCCCUCCAGCCUCAUCAAUCCUCCCAUUCACGCUCUCAGUCUCAUUCUCAGUCUCACUCUCACUCUCAUUCUCAACCUCAUUCUCACUCCCAUUCGUAUUCCCACUCCUACUCCCAGUCCAGCCCCUACUCUCCCUAUUCUUCUUCUUCUCACCCGCCUUCCUCUUCCUCCAACAUCCCUCCUUUCUCCCAUUCCCGCUCCCAGUCCUACUCCCAGCACAACCAGCAGCGUGCCUCCAUCCCCGCCGCUCUGCUUCCGGCCCAUGGCCAGCAGCUGCACCGAGACUCUCCCAACUCGCUGCCUACCCACUCCACUGCGACUGAGACAUCAGGGCCGCCGGGCCUUUCCCCCUCCGUCACACUGCUGCCCGCGCCAACGCCAUCCUCCUCCUCCUCCUCCUCGCCAUCUUCUUCCUCUGCUCUCGCAGCCAUGAAUCAGCAACAGCAGCAGCAGCAGUCGCCGCAGCAGUCGCAACCCCAGUUCCAAACUGGCACCCCGCGACGCACUGGCACCUACAGCUCCCAGCAAGACGAAUUGCACAUGCCAGCGGGCAUGAUCCAGCACGGCCAGCCUUCACCCCGCGAAUACUCAUCAUCCUCUGCUGCCCCCGCCGCACCCCAUAUCAAGCUGGAGCAGUCCUCCCCAAACUCCCACCCCCAGGCGCCUCCUUACCAGAGCACAUCGUCGGUGCCCAACGUCUUGCAACCAGGUGGUGCAGGUGGUCGACCUCCCGCCAUCUCUGCCAACACCGCUCCCAGUAUGUCUGCAAUGCAGUCUCAGCAGCAGCAGCAAGACUAUCAUACGCCUUCCAAGCCUCCCAGCUUGAGCCUGUCCCACAGCUACUCGCGCUCCUCGCCUGCUGCCGGGUACGAAGGUGGCUCGUCCUUUGCGCCCUACACACCCACCACCCCCAGCGGCUCUGGAUCCCAAUUCAUGUCUCCGCCAGACCAAAAGUACAAUGCGCCCGGCUCUCAGCGAAACAUCUCGAACACGCCCUUGGGCUUGGCCGAUAUUCGACCCCGCGCCGACUCGAGCAUGUCCGAUGGCGUGCCCGGUAGCGCUGCAUAUGAGCUUGCCAACGCGCAGCCUGGAACCAGCAACUAUCUCGCUCCUUGGGCCCUGUAUGCUUUCGACUGGUGCAAGUGGCCUCCCCAGGGCAACGGCGCUGGGAAGCUUGCCGUUGGCAGCUAUCUAGAAGAUGGACAUAACUACAUCCAAAUCCUCGAUACCCAAAUGGUCCCGACGCCCAACGAUGUCUACCAGCCGGGCACCCCCAAAAUCAACCUCGAAUUUCAAAAAGUCGCCGAGGCUACACAUUCCUACCCUGUGACGCGCUUGCUCUGGGAACCGCCCUCCUCGCAGAAGCAGUCUACUGACCUGCUCGCGACGUCGGGAGACCACCUUCGUCUGUGGUCUCUUCCCUCCGAAAGCCCUGUCUCCCAGAACAACUCCAUUACCAACCGAGCCAGAGACCCCGCCGUAACGAAACUCACGCCUCUCGCGCUUCUGUCCAACUCCAAGACCCCAGAUCAUACUGCACCGCUUACUUCGCUAGACUGGAAUACUGUUUCACCUAGCUUGAUUAUCACGUCCAGUAUCGAUACCACCUGCACGAUUUGGGAUAUUCCGUCGCUGACGGCCAAGACACAAUUGAUUGCCCACGACAAGGAGGUUUACGAUGUCCGCUUCUGCGCCAACAGUGUUGACGUAUUCGUGAGCUGCGGACAGGACGGUAGCGUCCGCAUGUUCGAUUUGCGCAGUCUGGAGCACAGCACCAUCAUCUACGAGCCCACUGGGAAAGAUGAACGAGAUGCCAAUGGAGGACGUAUCAGCCCUACGCUGGCGCAGCAGACCAUGUCGAACCCUCCGCCCCUGUUGAGACUAGCAACUUCUCCCCACGAUACCCAUUUGCUAGCCACAUUUGCGCAAGACUCGAACGUCAUUCGUAUCCUUGAUGUAAGACAUCCUGGACAGGCACUUCUCGAACUUAGGGGCCAUGGAGGCUCCCUGAACUCCAUAGAGUGGUCGCCUACAAGGCGUGGCGUUCUGGCCUCGGGAGCCGACGAUUGCCAGGUGCUGCUAUGGGAUGUGUACAACAACAACCCUGCUCUUGGUGGUGGUCCUCCCGCCAACGGUGCUGCCCAGCCAGACAACACGAGAAGCCCGUACGCUAGCUGGCAAUGCGACUACGAAGUCGGCAACCUUGCUUGGGUGCCUCAUCUUUCUAGCGACCAGGGAGAGUGGCUGGGAGUCAGCGCCGGCAGGGGCCUAUGGGGUGUCAAGACAUGUGGACGAACCGGCGCCUGAAAGAAAUCAAGGGCGACGAGCAGCAACUAAUCCGACCGCCUUGCUGCGCUGUUCAUAGAUCUGGCUGGUCACUCAUGAUAUAUGCAUCGCAAAGCCUGGCGUUUGGGGAUCGGCUCUUGAGCCGGCUGUAGGGAAGGGGAUACUGUCUGUGAAGUAUGUUUCAAAUGAAUUCACUUGGAAUAGGCAGUCAUUGGGGGUGAGUUGGUUUCAAUGCACCACAGGACGCAGUCAGUAUGACCCCCCUCUGGUCGAUGGUCAGGAACAAAAGUUUGGGACAGUGGAUGGCUAUAUACCGGCGGGCACAGUCGAACGGGGAAGACGGAGGGAAGUGUUAUGAUAGCG